AUUUAAUAAACUUCUCAAAUGAGUCGUUAUUAACGACUAGAACUAACAAGUCUACCAAAGAAUAAGAAUCCGACCAACUAAAAUACUCACCGCCAAAAUCUCCAGCAAUGGCGACAACUACCUUACUCUGCUACCCAAAACCCAUUUUCGAACAAGCUCAUUCCACUCCAACUCUUCAUAAACCCAAAAUUCCUCAAAAAACCAGGCAUCUGACCAGAAAGGUUUCAGGUCGCCGCUUAAUUUGGAACCAGGAAACCGUUGUUGGUCUAGUCGGUUCGGGUCUGGUUUUGGCGCUUGUGGAUCCCGCUUUGGCCUCCGAGUUGCCGCCGUUGUUGCUGGGUUCUUCUUUGCAGCUUAGCGAACCCGCUAAUGCCUUGUCUCUGCCCACAUGGGCCAUACAUGUCUCCAGCGUUGUCGAAUGGAUUACAGCAAUGGCUUUGGUUUGGAAAUAUGGAGAGAAAUCUGGGUUUGAAUCAUGGAAGGGUCUCUCUUGGGGUAUGGUACCUCUACUCGGUGGAGCAUUUUGUGCAUGCACAUGGCAUUUCUUUUACAAUUCUGAAUCUCUUGAGGUAUUGGUGGCUCUUCAGGCUGCCCUGACAGUAAUCGGUAAUGCCACAAUGUGUUUUGCUGCAUUUCGUAUCUGCAAUUUAUCAGACAAACGUGCCCAGAAGCUAUGAAGCUACCGCAACUAUAAUCCACUGAAUGUGCCUGAAGGAAUAUUGCCCACCGCUAUCCUUUCAUUGGAGAGCUAAAUUAGGCCAGCUGCUAUUUUUACAACAAUAGCCAUUAUUGUUUACCUUUUGCAGAAAGGAAAUAACUUGGCAGGCUGGAAGCUUACGGAUUAGCGACAAACAAGAUUUUCACCAGGGAAAAACGUUGUGUUACCUACCCUUUAAACAAAUGGAAAGCAUUUUGCUCUCAUGCUUGUUUAAGAGUGGCUGAAAGGAGCCUGAGAGUCAAAUGUUAUCAUGUCUUGAGCUGUGUCUAUAAUAAUGAAAGCCUCUCCCUUGUUGAGCCGGCUCAGUUUGUCAACCCACCGGUUUGACUUAAGCCUCUCUCUGGUUGGAUUUAAAUUACAAACUUUUCUUUUGAAAAAAGAUUUAGUUAACACCUAUUGCACUUUUCAAUAUCUUAUUUCUUGUUUUCCGAGUA